UAUUAAUCGUUCUGCGUGUAUAACAUUUGCAUCUGUAUCAUUCAUAGGAAUUUCCAUUAUUCGUUUGAUUUGGGAGUAGCUGAUUAUAAGUGUGACGCGCGCAUGCGAAGGGUAGAUAUUAACUUCGUAAUCAUGUUCCUACGCUAUUGCAGCUUCUAUUUUUGAUCCAUAUCCGAAUGCCAAUUGUACCAUAACUAACGGAUCCAUAUCACAGGAUGUGUAUAAUAUAGAUUAGGCAAGUCAAGGUCAGCUCGACGGUACAUCGCAGAAUUACAACUGCGUGUAUGUAUAGUAUAUAUAAAAAUUGCAGCCUAUUAUGCGGUUAUAUGAUUUUCCAAAUAUACAUCGUCGCUAAGCCAGGUGACUCUAUCUUCCCCCAUUAGAACCAGACGCAUCUCCACUCGCGGCGAUAUAUUCAUUUUAGAGAGUUUACACAUAAUCGAUGAAAUCAAAUCACGGCCUUGUCAAUUUCAUAUCGUGGACGCGCGCGAGAUGAAAUUUCCGCCAACGUCGAUGUAGUUUCUCCGAUUAUAAACGCCGGCGGCUCUACCAUAUAAACGCGAAAAUUGUAAUACGUGUUUUUCUCUCCUUCGCUACUGCUCAAACCGAAGAGUAUAUAUAGCGAGCGUGAUUAAUGAAGGCGCUUUGGAAGAGGACGUCGCGCUUUGCCAAGUUGUCCAAUAAACAGAGGUGACAAAGGCUCGUUUAUCAUCUCGCACACUGGAGUAACACGCGUCUUUUUGUGUCAGCUCUUUAUUUAGUUUUUCGUGCGAUAUCAAAUUGUAUAGUGUAUCCGCUAUCAAAAUACAACUUCCCUUAUCUAAAACUUUCGCAAUGCGCUCGUUCCGCACAUUUUCCCAGGUUAACGGGUCGCAUCUAUCGAGAGGAUAGCUCAUAAAUCUAUGCAUUUAAAUUUGCCGCGGCGACUUUGUGCACAUUGAACGCGUAAUAAAAUACAAUAAAUUGAUGAUAAAACUUCCACCCACUGGCCAUCCUUAGGCAUACAACUCUCAUAUAAGUGAAAAGCUCUCAGUGACAUCAACGCUAUAUAUCAGGUGAACGCGUUAUAUCACUUUUUAAAAGUCCCGCGCGAAAAGAGGGAUGAAAAUUGUUUAAUUAGUUCGCCGCGGAGGUGGGGCGGCUAAUCUAGCCGAAUGCGAUAUUUGCAUCAAGAAAGAGGCGCUUAAGCCGUCGCAAGCUCUCGAGACCGGCUGCUGGAGCGCGCCGUAAUAGAUUGUAACUUCAUAAAGUCUCACUUCGCUCCUAAUAGCUUCCCGCAUUACGGCGAGACGUACAAGUCAUAUCCUCUCCCGCGGCAAUGUAACGAUAUCAGCGAGUCAAAGUUCCUCGGCCGCGUGCGAUCAUUUUAAUUGUUUUAAUUCUGCUCCGCACGGGCUCCUUCUGCGCGAUCUCGUUUCGCGAAAUUGAAUGCGAGCAGUCUUUGUUUUUUUUUUUUUUUUAAUUAACUCAGCUUAAUAUAAUCGGAACAAAGUCAAUAACCCGCCGAAUAAGCUCUCGAAGCCAAAACAUUCCCACGUGAUCGCACCGCACCUUGAAGGCCGAGCGCGACGACAAAAACCUCUUGUCCUCUCUCUUUCUCUACACCCAUCCAUCCUCAGAAAAGUCCAGCCCGCAGGCGUAAGUAUUGAUUGCGCGGGUGUCCCUCUGCACUCCACAGCCCUAUACGCACGCACACGAGCACACUCGCGAACGUAUAGUAUAGAAGAGCUCCUCCUCCGCCUGGUAGCGCCACGAUCGUCUCCAAGAGCUGCGCAAGCUCGCGGCUCUGAAUGAAUGACGCGCUCGGGCGCGAGGCCAAUCGUCUCCCCUCCGCGCAUAUCGCAGCCAGGCAGUCGCGCUGCUGACACUCUCUGGCCGACGUGUGUCCUUCUCUCCCUCUCGCGCCGUCCGUUCUAAACACACUCGCACGCACACAGACUGGAGCUUGCAAGCUCUCGGACGUCGGCUUGUAACACACGGUGUUUUCUCGUCGGGUGCGCAGAAAAUAGUGCGGAAGGAAAAGGGGCUGCUAUAUGCCGUCGCAGCAGCAGCAGCAGCAGCAGCAGCAGCAGCAGAGCGAUGACGAGGAUCAGGUUUAAGGGGCUCAGGCUGAGCGGCCACCUCCUGCUCGCCCUCGCCGGCGGACUCCUCGGCCUCGCCACCGCCGAGCUCGAGCUAUAUCAAGAUGUACAGCCAAAGUUCAGGCCGGAGGUGAAGCUGGAGCGGCUCGUCCGCUUCCUGGAGGCCAAGUCCCAUGGCUCGGGCUUGCACCAGCAGCCCCGUCCGCUGUCUGCCCAUCACCACCAGCCGCUACCCCCGCCCCACGAGCCUCUGCCCCAGCAGAUGGCCCUGCAGCAGCAGGAGGAGCUCGAGGAGCUGGAACAGCUGGAGCUUCACCGAAAGCAGCAGGCCGCGCUUCAUCGGAAGCAGCAGCAGCUGUACCGCAAGCAUCAGGAACACCUGUUGGAUCUGGCCAGGCAGAAACAGAGGGGAAUACUCAGGGACGAUCUGCCGGAGAGGCCGAACAUAAUCGACGUGCUCCAGCGGCAGGCUGCGGAUCCCUUGGAGUACGUCAGGGAACUCGAGAGGCAGAGACUCUUGCCUUAUCUCGAGUACGAACCGCCGAGGAUUAAACAGUAUUCCGUGGAGGACGAAGCCAGGGCGCGUCUUCUUCCCCAGCUAAACAAAGACCCUCUGCUCGACUACCCGGAGACGCAGUUCAUGGAUCUGGACCAAAGGGCUCGUCAGCUUCAAGAAAAUGCUCGACGCAUGAUUCAGGGAGCACAUCGACGAAGGCCGGCGUUCACCUUCAGGUUCAACCAGCCAGAACCACAGCGCGAGAGUGAACCGGAGCCGUUCGCUUUCAAACCUAAUGACCCGAGAUUUUACGAAGAGGACACCGGGGACACAGCGGUCGAUCCCGAGGACCAAACGGGGAAAAAACCGGCAGAAGAGACGCAUCGAUCGCACGCCGUGGAUCACCAUCACGACCUGGUAGAUGAGCUUCCCAUGCACGACGGCCAUGUCGUCGAGGACAACAGACACGUGCCGAUGCACUUCGAGCCGAGCUCACCGAAGCCCCGACCGGUCAAACCGACGCCCAAAAGGCCGCGAGAGGAACAUCGCGAUCACGAGCUGGUCAUGCCCCGAACCGGCGUCGUCGACAUGAGCAUGAUGCCCGAACCCCACAGACGCGCUCAGCAGGACCCGCUCGUCGUCUCGCUGGAUAACAAGGUCAACAACGACAUUUACUUCAUAGCCAUUGUUGCCGGCUGCAGCGCCGCGGCGAUGUUCGCUCUGGUUCUGAUAAGCUUGACCUGGUGCAGGUUGCAAAGAGUGUCGAAGGCAGCAGCUGACGUCGAGUAUCCGGCUUACGGUGUGACGGGCCCGAACAAGGACAUGUCGCCGUCGGGUGACCAGAGGCUCGCUCAGUCCGCUCAGAUGUACCACUUCCAGCAUCAGAAGCAGCAGAUCAUCGCUAUGGAGAAAGCUUCGGCUACGCGAGAUCCUGGAUCCGUUUCCGAGGCGGAGAGCGACGAGGAGAACGAGGAGGGAGACUACACCGUGUACGAGUGUCCUGGACUUGCACCGGUGAGUGAUCGUACUGGCGAGAUGGAGGUGAAGAACCCGCUGUUCCACGAUGAUCCAACCCCGGCCACUCCGGCAAAAUCCAGCAAGAGGAACGACGACGACGUCUAGCUCCUUCAUCACCGGACGCCUGAAUUGACGUCGAUGGAAUGAACAACAAUGUCACAAAGCGAGCUGCACGAUCUGAAUCGCAUCUCUCCCCAUAAUACGGUGUUUUUAGCUCGGAAACACUAUAACGCAUACUCUAACACACGACACACAUGCAUACACUUUCAAUGUAUCAUAUCGAAAAAGGAGACAAAAAAUUAGGAACUAAAGCACGAUGUAUUUUAAUCUUAAUCGUACGUAUCUAUAAGAGAGGCAUAUUAUAUCGACAGAGUUUUACUAUUUAUAUGAAGGACCGCGGAUGAUGCUUAUACUACGCAAACAAAGGCUUGUACGGUAUAUAACAAUCCUUGAUAUUAGUUUGUCGUUGCGCGUAUACUGAGAUGAAUUACACACGUACACUAUAAUUAUUGUAUACAAGCGCAUCAGACAUAUAGUAUAACCACAAAACACUUAUACAUGCAUGUGAUACACACGCGAGUUUCUAUUGUCAGAAGAUGCUCGCACACGUACGAGAAGACGAGAAGGAACAAAGAUUUUUAUCGCAAAUCUAUAUAGCAGGAUUUUUAUUUUCGCGGCAUCAGUAUGUGCGUACACCUACAUAUUAUGCCUGUAUACUAUCUAUAUAUCGUGUACUUACAUAUUAUAUCAUGAUGACGAUUAUGCACGGUUUACGAUUUUAAGAGAAAAAUUAUUACACAAACGACACACAAACACACUCGCAUGUACCUCUAUAUCCGACAUCGUAAACGAUGUGACUUAUUCGAUGGCGUGUCUACCUAACCGGUAGGUAUAGUCUCUUAAUAUAUUCGUUAGAAUUUUAGCGAUAUACCUGGUGCGCGGCUUUUCCGCGAAGAAUCGGUCCUCUUUCGCAUUUGCUAUAUAUACAUUGAUGCACCUCUCGAAACUUCACUGAUAAUAAGUGAUGAUCCAGCCUACCACAUGUAUAACUGCAGCUUUUGUCUCUAAUAUUAUCUUAAGAAUUCCAACACCAAUCGUAGAUAUAUCGACCCGCACCGCGAGACGGAGAGCCGCAAGAGAAUGUAAAUACCUGUACGAGAUUUUGUAGAAAAAAAAAUCAACCAUUUUAUAAAGGAGAACACUGUAUCCCGCCCCAAAUGGAAAGCCGCUGAUGCGCAUCAGAUGUUUGCAUUGUUUUCACGAGCUCCGGCGAUUGUAAGUGUAUUAUAUAAUGUAAAAGCACCUCUCUGUACAUUCUUACCGCGCGAAAAUACGCUCACCAGGGUGACAAAUUAAUCGCAGUCAAUACGAGUAUAUAGUAUUAUACGAAUAUAUAGUAAAAUGCAAAAUCUAUGCGAGGCACGACGAAAGAGACCCGUAAUAUAUAUACACGCACGCAUGAAAGUAAAAAGGCUUCUCGAUAAACCUACUGCAACGGGGAACAUGUAUCAAAUAUAUAUAUAUAUAUAUAUAUAUAUAUAUUGCUGUUGCUAUACUGAAAUGGAUACUUAUUCCGUUAUCAUAUCUAUAUCUUGUCCGCUUGUUUUCCAUACAUGAUUUUUUUACGCAACAAAAGUAUGACGGUCCAUAUAUUACGAAAGUGCCAAAAAGAACGUAUGUUAUCAGGAUAAAUCAUAUCUGCUUUUUCCUAACUGACGGCAAAUUUUAGUAUUGAUUCAGUAUCUAUAUAUAAUUGACUAUAAGUUGCGUCCGUUGUCUUUUUUUUUUAUAAUGUUGUUUGUAUAAUUUUCGCUAUGUAAGACAAGAACAUUCCUAUAUAUCAACGCUUUCCAAAAUUUUACUGAUAGAUGUAAAAAAAAAAUCUUUUAUUCAGUCAGAUUUCGAGAGCGUCUCGAGAUGGAAAACGUCCGUUACGCGAAACGUUCCUUUUGAAGUCAAUUUUUUUCCGAGAAAAAAAAAACACAAUUCAAACUCCUAUACAAACUCACACAGGCGAAUUAUUUGGCAUAUAUAUAGAAAGUGCUUUAUUGCUAUAUCAUUUAUAUACGCUAAUUUACCGUAUUGAGGGUAUAAGUUCAGAAAGAUGUUGUAUAUGUCUCCAUAUAUAUAUAUAUUAUAUAUUAUAUACGAAGAGAAAUAUUUUAUGCUUUUUUAACAGCAUUCUAUAAACGCGAACCUUUGCAUGAGGACAAUUUAUUGCGUUAACGAUGAGGAGUCGGUGUUACCUAUGACAAAAAUAAAAAUCAAAGAGAGGAGCGCUGGACGCUCAGUAUGCGCAUAAAAAAACGUGAAAUUAUUAAGCGAGAGGAGUUGGAAAGAUAUAUAUAUAUAUAUAUAUAUAUAUAUAUAUAUAUCUUUUAAAGCUAUAUUGCCUAAACUAUGUAAAAGGAGACGGUGAAGGUCUAUAAUAUCGUAGCUGAGAAUUGAAAUUUGGUGAUCUAAAGAUGGGGAGAGAGUAUUUUUUUAUGUUGAAGUUUUGGUGAAAUUGUACGAUUUAACGGGUUCGUUGAAAAGAGAGUUUAAUUUUUGUUUAAAUUAUAGCACUGAGUACUUAUAUUGUAGUUCCUAUAUCAAGAAGAUUUGACGUAUUUUUAUUAUUCCGCGUUAUAAUUUAGUUCUAAUAAACGACGUGUAUAAUAUGUAUUGUGUAUGUGUGCCAUUCGUAGUUUUGAAUUUGGUGAAGCGAAGGCGUUCGAAAUUUCUGAUAACACCCUUUGAAGGAAGAGAAAAAUCUAUCGACGUGUGAGUGAAAAUACGAACCUAUAUCCGUAGUAUUAAGUAAACAACAAAGAAAGAAUAAACAUCAAACUUAAUUGUAAAGAAUAUUAGUACGCGAAAAAUCUUGCAUAUGAAUUCAUGAAAUUUUCCUUCAUCGAGGCAUCUUGUUAGAUAUUUAACAGAAAAUAAUGUGACAAUUAUAUAGAAUGAAGAAGAAAAAAAUGAAAAUAACAAAAAAAAGGGAGUAUAUGAAAGAGAUAGGAAACCUAUGAAAAGUUUUGGUUCAAUACAACGCAUCGACUGAACAAUUUAACUGCAGAGAUUUUCAAUUUUUCAACACAGAAUGAAAGCGAAACGUAUAUUUAAAAAAAAUUAUCAAGAUAAAUUUUACAGUGUAAUUUGCGGACCAUGUUUUUUACACAAACUUAUAUUGUAUACACGCACUUAUUCAUUUAGGUGAUUGGAACGAAAAAUGUGUAAAACUUUAAUAAACCGAAUCAACUUUGGUCGGGAUACAACUGAUUUUAAAUAUAUGAGCAUGGUAAAUCGAUAAUUCAUCAGAAGUCAAAAUUACCUAUGUAUAACUUUAAUCUUUCAGGACAGGCGGUUGGCGGUUAAAAAAAGAGAAAAAAAUCGAAAAUUGUUAACCAACGCACUCUGUAUAUCUUUACACAUUGCAACGAUAGAGAAUAUUUUACGAAUGAUGAUCUAUAUAUAAAUAUGUAUAUGUAUAUGUAAUGUCCUAAAAAAAUAAAGAGACAACUGAAUUAUUGCUGGUAAAUAGAAAAUAAAGAUUUUCAUCCUGUUGGGAAACAAAA